AUGAGUUCGGCGACCCGGAUGCCACCAGAACGACUUCCUCCUCUGUCUCGCCGGCCUCCUCGUAGCACUCGCGGCACGUGCCGGCGUCACGAUCGCCGUCGUAGUCCUCCUUGCACGAGAGGCACUUCAUCUUCAUCCCCCGGCGGCGGCGGCGCCCCGAGGCGGAUCCUUCCUCCGCAUCAUCUUCUUCCUCUUCCUCGCCUUCUCCGAAAUCCGGAUCGGAAUCUGAAUCGGAAUUCGAAACUGGCGAGAAGUUUCGCCUCCUAUGCUGGUGGCGACGCAUGCUUCCGGCGGCUGAUUUUUUGCCCUUUCCUCAGUUUUUAUUGA